AUGGCCAGAAGAGCUCCCAUCUAUGCUAAACAACUCCUAAUUCUCUCUCUUCUUUCUUCCUUUGCCCUCAAUUUGGUCCAGGGAGAAGAUGAUUACGAUUUCGUGAGAGCCAUGGAUCGUGAUCUUUUGGGGCUAAAGAACGAAAAGAUCAGCCACUUCCGGUUGUACUGGCAUGACAUUGUGAGCGGCAAAAACCCAAGCGCAAUAUUCAUUGUGGUGAAAUCACCUAUUAAUUCAUCAUCAACUGGGUUUGGAAACGUGGCAAUGAUCGACGAUCCCCUCACUGAAAAGCCGGAGCUGAGCUCGAGGCUGCUGGGGUGGGCUCAAGGGUUCUACGCAUCAGCUUCACAAAAGGAGGUAGGGUUGUUGGUGGCCAUGAACUUCUAUUUUAUUCAGGGCAAGUAUAAUGGCAGCACCAUAACUAUUCUGGGGAGGAACCCGGUGUCAACCAAGGUGAGGGAGAUGCCGAUCAUCGGAGGAAGCGGGAUUUUCAGGUUUGCAAGAGGUUAUGUUGAAGCAAGAACUCACAGAUACAAUCCGGUCACCGGUGAUACCAAUGUUGAAUACAAUUGCUAUGUGCUCCAUUAUUGAUAUGCUUCUUC